AUGGUUAGUAUCGAUAUUAGUUCUGAUUUAUGUUCUACUACGAGGGAUAUCCCUUUGAGUUUGACUUGGGAGCAGUUUACGCGGAAAUUGUAUGAUAUAACAGGAGUUCUCCCUCAAGACAUGAAACUGCAAAUAACAACCCAAGAGGGUACUGAGAAGACUGUAGAGUUAUCGCAAUUCCAAAAUGCUGGUACUCUAAGCAGCACCUUUCCACAUGGCUUUUCAAAAGUGGAAGUACAGGACAGCAACGAGGGGUCAGUGGUGAAUGCCUUGAAACGUGAUCUCGAGGGCAACGGCGAACCGGUCGCUGGUUUCACGCUGUCUGAGGAGGAAUAUGCUCGCCGUGCAGACUCGGUCCUCAAUUGGAAGAAAGAGAAUCAGUUGGGAGCGUUCAGUCCCGAUUUACGGGCCAAGUUGGAAACUGAGAGGGAGAGACAGGCCCGGGCAGCGAGCGCACUGAAGGUCGGGGAGCGCUGCUCGGUUAAAACCAGUGAGCAGCCUGAGAGACGAGGCUGGCUGCGGUUUGUCGGUCCUCUAGAGGCGCUACACGACAACGAAAUCUGGUGUGGCGUCGAGUUUGACGAGCCGGUGGGUAAGAACGAUGGUUCUUUCAAGGGCACUGUCUAUUUCGGACCAGUAAAAGACAACUACGGUGCAUUUGUGAAGCCUUCCAGUGUGGAAAUAGGCCCCCAGUUUGUACCACUUAUCGACGAAGAGCUACUGCUCAGUGAGGAUAUGGAAGAAUUGUAG